AUGAAUAAGGUAAAUGAGAGCGUCCCCAGGGAGUUCAUCCUGUUAGGCUUCUCAGACAGACCAUGGCUGGAGCUCCCACUCUUUGUGGUGUUCCUGGUUUCCUAUAUCUUGACUAUCUUUGGAAAUCUGGCAAUAAUCCUUCUGUCACGUCUGGAUUCCAAACUCCAUACCCCCAUGUAUUUCUUUCUCACCAACCUUUCUCUCCUGGAUCUUUGCUACACCACCAGCACCGUUCCACAAAUGCUGGUAAACAUAUGCAGCAUCAGGAAGGUCAUCAGUUAUGGGGGCUGUGUGGCUCAGCUCUUCAUUUUCCUGGCCCUGGGUUCCACUGAGUGUCUUCUCCUAGCUGUCAUGUCCUUUGAUAGGUUUGUGGCUAUAUGUCGGCCUCUCCAUUACUCAGUUAUCAUGCACCAGAGGCUCUGCCUCCAGUUAGCAGCUGCGUCCUGGAUUAGUGGCUUUAGCAACUCGGUGUUGCAGUCCAGCUUGACCCUUCAGAUGCCACUGUGUGGCCACAAAGAAGUGGACCAUUUCUUCUGUGAAGUCCCUGCUCUGCUCAAGUUGUCCUGUGUUGACACAACCGCAAAUGAGGCUGAGCUAUUCUUCAUCAGUGUGCUGUUCCUUCUAAUACCCCUGACUCUCAUCCUUAUAUCAUAUGGCUUCAUUGCCCAAGCAGUGUUGAGAAUACAGUCAGCUGAAGGUCGGCGAAAGGCGUUUGGGACAUGUGGCUCCCACCUGAUUGUGGUGUCACUCUUCUAUGGCACUGCCAUCUAUAUGUACCUGCAACCACCAUCUCCUGCCUCCAAGGACCGGGGCAAGAUGGUGUCCCUUUUCUAUGGGAUCAUCACCCCCAUGUUGAACCCCCUCAUAUACACACUUAGAAACAAAGAUGUUAAGGGAGCUUUUAAGAGAUUGCUUGCCAGGGUUUUAUUGAUCAAGAAAUAA